CGAGCAACGAGGAGGGCGGGGACCCGCGCUUAUCCGCGCUACGGAAUCAAUCCGCGUGUGGGCGGCUGUCUGUGAUACCACCCCCACCCUCGCUCCCCACACACUCCGCCUCUCCGCCCCGUGUGGUCCUUACUCAUGGCCGGGUGCUAGAGCAGCCCCCCCUGGGCGAGCAAGGCUGGGAAAUCAAAGGGUCUAGAGACCCAAACCACGAGAAGCUAUGGAGGUCGACGGGGCAGGCGAUGCAGCGGUGAUAGCUCACACAGCUGCUGCUGAUGCUACUGCUGCCGUUGCUGCUGUUGUAACUGCUGCUCCUGCUGAUGGUGGAGAAGGUGGAGGUGGUUGUGUUGGAGGUGACGAGUUCGCGGCGCUGAGAGAGAAGGUGCUGGCUGGACAGACGUCCAGCAGGGAGGUGGUGGACACGGUGCUGAACCUGCUGGUCGGCGGGCAGUUCGACCUAGAGGCGAACUUCGUGGUGCGCGACCCCGAGGGUGUGAGCGGCCUCGUGUGCCUGCUGGACGUUUGCGACCCCCAGUGCCGCGGCGAGAUCCUCAGCCUCUUCACGGCCGUGCUGCGCAAGAGCCUGCGCAACCUCCAGGCCUGCACGGAGGCCGGCCUCAUCGGCCAGCUCCUCCAGCGCCUGCAGAAGCUCGACGAUGUCACUGCAGAGCUUCUUGUUGGAGUGGUGGGCGUGCUGGCAAGCUACAGUAUCACUGUUCGUGAGCUCAAGCUCCUAUUUGGCUGCCUGCGCGGAGAGAAGUCCCGAUGGCGCCGGCACGCUGUCAAGCUGCUCUCCGUACUCAACCACAUGCCCCAGAGGCACGGCCCAGAAACGUUCUUCAGCUUCCCCGGGGGUAGCGGAUCCGCUAUCGCCCUGCCACCAAUAGCACGCUGGCCGUACCAGAACGGGUUCACCGUCCACAUGUGGGUCCGCAUGGACCCCGUCACCAGCCUAAACGCCGAGAAGGAGAAGCCCUACCUGUACUGCUUCCGCACAAGCAAGGGUGUCGGCUACUCCAGCCACUUCAUGGGAAGCUGCCUCACUGUAACUGCACUCAAGUCCAAGGGCAAAGGCUCCCAGCACUGCAUUCAGUACGACUUCCAGCCCAAGAAGUGGUACAUGAUCACAAUCGUCCACGUGUACAAUCGUUGGAAGAACUGUGAGAUCCGCUGCUACGUGGAUGGCAACUUGGUGUCGUCGGGGGACAUGGCCUGGUACAUCAGCACCAAUGAUACCUUUGACAAGUGCUACCUGGGCUCGGCGGACAACAUCGACGCCGACCGCACGUUCAGCGGGCAGAUGUCGGCCGUCUAUCUCUUCAGCGAGGCCCUCAACGGCUCGCAAGUGGCGGCCAUUUUCCAGCUGGGGCCCGGAUACAAAAACACCUUCAAGUUUGAGACGGAGAGUGACCUGCACCUGCCCGAGCACCACCAGUUUGUGCUGUACGAGGGUCGGCUCGCCGGCUACCUGGCCUUCACCUACAACGCCAAGGCCACAGACGGGCAGCUGUGCUUGGAGUCGUCUCCCCGUGACACCACGUCCAUCUUCGUGCACACGCCGCACGCCCUCAUGCUGCAGUGCGUGAAAGCGGUGGUGACGAACCCGAUCCACAGCGCCAUGCACUCCAUCGGCGGUGUUCAGGUUCUCUUCCCGCUCUUCGGGCAGCUCGACUACCUGGAGCACAACAGUGAGGAGAUGAACACCUCUGUCUGUGGCACCUUGCUGGCCUUCCUGCUGGACUUACUUAAGAGCUCCGUCAUCAUGCAGGAGCAGAUGGUGUCCAGCAAGGGCUUUCUGCUCAUCGGUGCUCAUCUGGAGAAGGCAUCGACACAGCACUUGACACUCAGCGUGGUUGGGCACCUUCUGGGUUUCACCAAGUACCUGGAGAGCAUUCCCAACGGAGCGCCGCUCCUCAAGCAACUCUGCGAUUACAUCCUCUUCAACCCCGCCAUCUGGGUGCACGUCGACGCCAAUGUACAGCAGACCCUGUACACCUACCUGGCCAAUGAGUUCGUAAAGAAGACGCGCAUCUUCAAUGCGGUGCGCCGCAUUGGCACGGCGAUCCAGGUGCUGCACACGCUCAAGCACUACUACUGGUUGGUGAACCCCAUGGACCGCAGCGGCACGGUGCCCCGCGGACUCGACGGACCCAGGCCCAGUCGCGACGACAUGGCCUCUCUCCGUGCCUACCUCCUGCUCUUUCUCAAACAGCUCAUUCUCAAGGAAGGAGGGCUCAAACCGGAUGAGCUCCAAAGCAUCUUAAAUUACCUGCUCACUGUUCACGAAGACGACAACCUGUACGACGUGCUGCAGCUGCUGGUCGCGCUCAUGUCGGAGAGCCCCUCCUCCGUCAUCCCCGCCUUCGACCAGCGCUCCGGCAUACGGGUGGCGUUCAAGUUGCUGGCGUCGCGGAGCGAGCACAUCCGCGUGCAGGCCCUCAAGGUGCUCAGCUACUUCCUGAAGCACCUGAGCUCCAAGCGCAAGGCUGAAUUGAUGGUUGCGCCCAGCCUCUUCAGCUUGCUGGGAGAGAGGCUCAUGCUGCACACCAACGUGCUCUCCAUGACCACGUACAACGUCCUCUUUGAGAUGUUGACGGAGAAUGUCUGCACCCAAGUGAUUCAUAAGCAGCAUCCAGACGCUGACUCCUCUGUCAAGAUUCAGAAUCCCCUGAUUCUCAAGGUGGUGGCCACUCUCCUGCGGUCCGCGCCCGCCACCAUCGAAACAAUGGAGGUGAAGCGUGUCUUUCUGUCCGACAUGAUCCGACUCUUCAACAACAACCGCGAGAACCGCAGGAGCCUGUUGCAGUGCUCUGUGUGGCAGGAGUGGAUGUUCUCCCUCGCGUACUUCUCUCCCCGCUCCACGGAGGAGCGCAAGAUCACGGAGAUGGUUUUCACCCUCUUCCGCAUCCUGCUGUACCACGCGGUCAAGUACGAGUGGGGCGGCUGGCGCGUCUGGGUCGACACGCUGUCCAUCGCGCACUCCAAGGUGUCGUUCGAGGCGCACAAGGAGCGGCUGGCUCAGAUGUACGCGGAUUUCCAGCGGCGGGAGCAGGAGAACGGUGGCCGGGCAGAGGCGGCCGCGGGCACCGUGAGCACCGUGUCCGGCCUCUCGGACGGGGCCGGCCUCGCCAAAAUCACCGAGCUGCCCGGGGAGGACGCCGCCGAUCCGUACGAGGGAUUCCCGUUGAGCUCGCAAGGCGCCGACAAAGCGAAGAGGGGUAGCCUGCUGAGGGAGGUGGCCCAGAUGGGGCAAGCGGCGGCGCCGCCGCUGGAGGGCGGACCUCCUCACAGCUCUGCGGACGAUGCUGGGACGAUGGCCCAAGACGCAGCAGAGGCUGAGGCCACGGAGGAAGGAGGGGCGGAGUUGGACGAAGGAGAAAAUAAAGCGGAGGAAGGCGAGACUAAAGUAGAAACAGUAGAGGCUAAAACAGAAGAAGAAGAUACGGCCAAAGCAGAAGGAGAGGUUAAGGCUAAAGCAGAAGAUGCAGAAGCUACGGCAGCCGAAGGAGAGACGGAAAUAGAAGGGGAGCAUAAGGUAAAAGAACAAGAGACUGAAGUUGAUGAAGAAGAAAUUACAGCAGAAGCAGAGACCACAGCAGAAGAAGAUGUGUCUAUAAUGGAGACUGAAGAAGAGGCUGAAGUAGAAGUCGAGGCUAAAGCAGAAGAGGGCAAUGAAGAUGGCGAUAGUCAAGAAGGGGCCUCGGAAGAGGCUGAAACUUCGGAAGGAGGCGACGUCCAGAGAGAGGACGAAGACUCGGCAGAGACCGCAGCGAUGGAAGGCGCCAAGCGGACGAAAGGGGCUGAAGCCGCGGCACCGGGAGACCAUGACGACGGGCCCGCGGGGGACGCCGCGAUCGGUGGAGGGGAGGAGGAGGCGGCGGAAGGGAAGGCAGCGAUUGUGCAAUCCGCAACGCCCACGAACGAAGCUUCGGGGGGAGGAAUGGUGGACGAUGAUGACCAGACCUCGGAGGUUUCAAAGGAAGCCUCGGUGUCCUUCACCGACGCGUCGGCCGACGGCGAAAGGGAAUUUGCGCAGGCGGCGGAGCUGCUCGUGGGCGAGGUGUGCCGCACCGCCGUGUCCGUGAUCAGCAGCGAGGCGGCGGAGAAACGCGGUGACGGGGAGCCUCGGGCAAGCGACCAAACGGACUGCGCCGCCGCCGCCGCCGACAGACCGAGCGAAUGCCAGCAGCCCAGCGCCGGAGACGACGGCGCGAAAGAUGACGGCGCGGGAGACGGCGGCGGUGGCACCGAGGAGAAAUCCAAAGCAGAGAAGCCUCGCGGUGAUGAUGAUGAUGGUGGUGGUGCUGUCACCGCGCAGACCUCCACACUAAGUCCGAGGAGCGAGGCCACGGCAGAGCUCAAUGCCAAGACCCUCGUGGAACAGGCCAUGGAGCGCGAUGUGAACAUCCAGAUGGCAAAGACCGCUCAGAGUGCGCCGACGCCGCAGCAGGAGGGCCAACCCGGCGUCGUCCUCAACUUCCGCCCCUCCACGCCGCCCAUUUCCACCACCGCCAGCACCACCGCCAGCGCCGCCGCCGCCGCCGCUGCCGCCGCCGCCGCAGAUGACGCUCGCGAGAAGACGGCGGGCGCCCAGCAGGGCGGCGCGGCGAGGCGCGACGGCCUCAUGAAUGCGGGGACUCAGGCCGCCACCUUCCGCAUCCCCGACUUCCAGUGGUCGGGCGUGCACCAGCGUCUCCUCGCCGACAUUCUCUUCGCCCUCGAGUCCGACAUUCACAUCUGGAGGAGCCACACCACUAAGCUGCUGAUGGACUUUGUGAACAGCAGCGAGAACUACGUGUUCGUGCACAACAUGCUGCAGAUCACCUCGCACCUGGUGGACAACCUCAUCAUGGUGGGCGGGGGCCUGCUGCCCAUGCUGCAAGCCGUUACAUCGCCCCCGGACGUUGAUCUGGGUGCGAGCCAGCACGUGGAUAGCCUGCCCAGCGAAAUUGCGCUCAACUUCCUGCACCGGCUGCUGAACCUGGUAGAUGCGCUGGUCUUCGCCAGCUCCCUCAACUUCAGCGAGGUCGAGUCCGAGAAGAACAUGAAGGCGGGCGGCCUCCUGCGCCAGUGUCUGCGGCUGGUGUGCUGCGUGGCCCUGCGCAACUGCGUGGAGUCCCAGGAGCAGCAGCGAUCCCAAGCAGAGAGCGGGAGCGAGAGCUCGACAUCAUCCACCGCCAAGGGUGCGGCGGAGCCCCCCCCCACGGUGCCGGCACGGGACCCCGAGCGGCUCCUGCAGCCCAUGGACGUUCACCGCCUACGGGCAGUUGUGUUCAGGGACGUGGAGGACACGAAGCAGGCUCAGUUCUUAGGCCUCGCUGUCGUCUACUUUAUCUCCGUGCUCAUGGUCUCCAAGUACCGCGACAUCCUGGAGAGCGGGCACGGCGGCCGCAUGCGGAGUCUGUCCACGGCAUCCCAGGGCGGAGGCGCGAAGCCUGUGGAAGCCAAACCCUCGGCGACGGGCUCCGUGCGCAGGGACAACAACGCUGCAGAGCGAGCAGCGCCGGAACCGGCUGGGGCCGCGAGUUCCGUCGACGGAUCACCGAGUGCGGGGCCGGACGCGAUGAGCGAGCUGCUCUCCACGCUGUCCACGGAGGUGAAGAGGUCAGACGAGGUGGCGUCCGUGGCGGCCAUCAGCAUGGUGGAGAUCCCGCUGGACAGCACGCCGAUGCCCAGCCCGGUCAACGGCGGGAAGCCCUUCCCGCCCACCUCCCAUGACGCUCCUGCGACGGCGGCCGUGGCUUCCCCGUUGGCCCACGGUGCAGAGGCCGACAGCAGCAGCAGAAAACCAGAGGUGGUGGCGGCAGAAGCAGCGGAGAUUAAGGGUGAGGUUGGUGCAUCCGGCAAGGAGGAGAGCGGCAAGGCCUCGGAAUUAAGUUCAGCACCAGCACCGGCCCCAAAGGACAGUGCUGUUGGUAGCACUGCAGGUGACAAGUCUCAGGAAGCCGGGUCCUCAGGUGGGGCCAUGGUUCAGGCCCUGCCAGACGGGAAGGCCUCGGUGCCAGCACCCAGAGACGGCAACAACAUCACCCAGCGCCUGGAACGGGCCCUGGAGUCGACGGCGCCUCUGCUGCGCGAGAUCUUCGUCGACUUCUCGCCGUACCUGUCGCGCACGCUGCUCGGCAGCCAUGGCCAGGAGCUCCUCCUGCAGGGCUCCGGUCUGGCAAGCAUUAAGUCGAGCACGUCCGUGGUGGAGCUGGUCAUGCUGCUGUGCUCUCAGGAAUGGCAGAACUCCAUCCAGAAGCACGCGGGGCUGGCCUUCAUCGAGCUGGUCAAUGAGGGCCGGAUCCUGUGCCACGCGAUGAAGGAGCACCUCGUGCGCGUGGGCAGCGAGGCCGACUUCAUCCUGGAGAGGCAGCACGCCGACGAGAUCAAUAAACACGCCGAGUUCGAGUCGCACUGCGCGCAGUACUCGGCCGACCGCCGCGAGGAGGAGAAGCUGUGCCACCACAUGAUCGGCGCGGCUCGACGCAGGGACGGCGUGAUGGCCACACGCCUCCACCACCGCAUCGUGGACAUCUUGAGCAAGCGGCACGGGGCGUGGGGCCACGUCUUGCAGAGCCGAGCGCGCGAGUUCUGGCGCCUGGACAGCUGGGAGGACGACCAGCGGCGACGGCGCCGACUCGUGCCCAAUCGGCAGGGGUCCACGCACGCCGAGGCCACGCUCCGGCCGGCCCUCGAGACCGUGUCGGACGAGGAGGUGGCUCGGCGCGCAAGCCGGGCCCUGCGGGAGCGCAUGACGGACGAGGAGCUGCGCUCGCCCGAGACCCCCAGCGAGGGCGACGCCGUCGAUCUGAGCGUCGACGUCGAGGACGAGGCCUCGGGACGGAGCUCCCCCGAGCGCGGAGACUGGGACCUGGACACUCUCACCGGACCCGUCGCCCUGAGCACCCCGGCGCAGCUGAUCACGCCGACGGUCGCCUUCCGCGGCACGCUGUCCAUCACCGCCAACGAGCUGUGCUUCGAGGUGGACGAGGAUGACCCCGGAUUUAAGGCCGUUGACCCCAAGGUGCUGGCCUACACGGAGAGCCUUCACGGAAAGUGGCUCUUCAGCGAGGUGGAGGCCAUCUUCUCACGACGCUACCUCCUGCAGAACACGGCGCUUGAGAUCUUCCUCAGCAGUCGCACAUCGAUCAUGUUCAACCUCCCAGACGCGACGAUCGUUAAGAGCGUCGUUCACCUGCUGCCACGCGUCGGCAUCGGCACCCUCUACGGCCUACCACAGGCUCGGCGGUAUUCGCUCGCCAGCCCCCGCCAGCUCUUCAAGGCCUCCAACAUGACCCAGCGCUGGCAGCAACGGGACGUCUCCAACUUCGAGUACCUCAUGUUCCUCAACACCAUUGCCGGCCGGACGUACAACGACCUCAACCAGUAUCCGGUCUUUCCGUGGGUCAUCGCGAACUACGACUCUGAGGAGCUUGACCUCACGCUGCCCAGCAACUUCCGGGACCUCUCCAAGCCCGUGGGAGCCCUGAACCCGCAGCGCGCUGCCGUGUUCGCCGAGCGCUACGCGUCGUGGGACGACGCAGACAUCCCGGCCUUCCACUACGGCACGCACUACUCCACCGCCGCCUUCGUGCUCAUGUGGCUCCUCCGCGUGGAACCGUUCACCAACUACUUCCUGAGCCUGCAGGGUGGAAAGUUCGACCACGCCGACCGCACCUUCUCCUCCGUCGCGCGUGCCUGGCGCAACAGCCAGCGCGACACCAGCGACGUGAAGGAGCUCAUCCCUGAGUUCUUCUACCUGCCAGAGAUGUUCACCAACAGCAACGACUACAACCUGGGGGUGACAGACGCCGGCGUGGCGGUGGGCGACGUCGUGCUCCCGCCCUGGGCCAAGACGGGCGAGGAGUUCGUCCGCAUCAAUCGCGCGGCACUCGAGAGCGAGAUCGUGUCAUGCCAGCUGCACCAGUGGGUUGACCUGAUCUUUGGCUACAAGCAGCGAGGGCCGGAGGCCAUUCGCGCCAUGAACGUCUACUACUACCUCACCUACGAGGGCGCCGUCAACAUGGCCUCCAUCCGCGACCGCGUGACGCGUGAGGCGGUGGAAGCCCAGAUCAGGAGCUUUGGGCAGACGCCGGCGCAGCUGAUGGUGGAGCCGCACGCGCCCCGCAGCUCGGCCAUGCACAUGACGCCGAUGAUGUUCAGCAACAAGAGCCAGCAGGAGGUGAUCAUGGUCCUCAAGUUCCCGUCCAACUCCCCUGUGACGCACGUGGCAGCCAACACGGGCCCGAUGCAGAGCCCCCCGGCCAUCCUCACUAUCACGUGCAGCCGCCUUUUCGCGAUCAACAAGUGGAACGGCCUCUGUGGUUCGCUGGAGAGAUCCAGUGCGUCCAUGGAAGACAUAAUGCGGCUGCCCGUCGAGAUUGAUCCCUUGUUGGUGGCGAACAUGGGCCUGCACCGGCGGCAGAUCAUGGACCCCGUGGACCACAGCGUGCCCACGUGCGUCAACACCUUCACCGUGACGGCCGACAAUCGCUUCGUCAUGCUCGGCGGGUUCUGGGACAAGAGCUUCCGCGUCUAUUCCACGGACACCGGCCGGCUGAAGCAGGCCAUGUUCGGCCACUGGGACGUGGUGACGUGCCUGGCGCGCUCCGAGGUGGGCGUGGGGGGCGACUGCUACGUGGCAUCCGGCUCGAGGGACGCAACGGUGCUGCUGUGGCGCUGGAGCGGCCGGGAGCUCGCACUGGGGGACCGCACCAUGCACGGAAACAUGCGCAGCCCCCGCGCCAUCCUGACGGGCCACGACACGGAGGUGACGAGCGUCGCCGUGAGCACCGAGCUCGGCCUCGCCAUCAGCGGCUCCAUCGGGAGCCCCUGCCUCAUGCACACCCUUGCGGGCGAGCUGCUGCGUGCGCUGGAGGGAGCGGGCGCCACGGCGACGCCGCUCCUGCUCGCCAUCUCCCAGGACGCGCUCUGCUUCGGUUACUACGACGACGGGACGCUGCUCAGCUUCAGCGUCAACGGGCGACUCUCCGCGCGAACGCCGACCGGCGACACCACACGGGCCAUGGUGCUGAGCGCGGAUGGGCAGUACGUGCUGACCGGGGGGGACAAGGGAGUGGUGGAGGUGUGGCGUGCCUACGACCUCGCCAAACUCUACACCUACCCCAUGUGCGACUCGUCCGUCAGGGCCCUUGGCCUGUCCUAUGACCAGAGGGUUGUGAUUGCGGGCAUGGCGACGGGAAGCAUCGUUCUCUUCCACAUCAACUUCAACCACUGGCACUGCGAGUACCAGGAGCGCUACUCCGCGCCCUAGCGAGCCCCGCGCCCCAGCCGCCCCCACCCCCCCACGGCUGAGAUGGCACCACCAAAACCACCCCUUCCCUUCCCUUCCCAUGCCUGCUGGUGCGUUGCCAGUCGGCUCAUCCCCGUCUCUCCCUACCGCCGGGGACUGGGCACGAGGCUCAUGUCACACGUCUUGACGAAACGUUUAUUCUUGGAAUCAAUCGGCGGAUCGAUCGGGUUAAUUGGUGUUUGGUUAGCGGCACGCCCCCGGCCGCGACUGCUUGAGUGGGCAGUGGCGUCAAUGCGUGGCGGUGAUUUGGAAAGUGGAACUCCGCGGGGGCUUGGCGGUGGCCUCGGUACGAGAGCGGACGUAAACAUUUCACAGCGAGCGCUUCGGGUUUACACGAGAAGUGCAAUGUGGGUCCUGCACAACACCGUCUCGCUUUCAUUUCGUUCUCUCAAUUGUCGUCGCGUCCUCGUGCUGCAUCAUGCUACUGAACUGGUGCUCUUGUAUCCCGCUCGAGCUUUUGCCCGUGGCCCCGGUGUUUUGCUCGUCCGUAAAUCGCUCGCUCGAAAUAAUCAAACGGCGCAGACGGGCGGCAUUCGCGAUGACGGGUCGCAUCAGCCGGUGAUCGCCGGUCGUUUCUGUGCAUGAUCACCGGCUGGACCAGACUCGCCUCGUGAGGCUCAAUGCAGUAAACGAAGCUGCCUUCGUCUCUUCGCCUGCGCUCUUUGCGGCGUCCCGGGCCCUUGGGGACUGGGAUGCAGGUGGCGUUCUCUUUAAUUGAGGCACCAUCGAUGUAGUCGUCUGUGGCCUAUUAUAAUCAUGCAAGUGUGAUUCUUUACCCGAGUCAUUGGGAGCAACAGAAGUUUGAGGAUGCAAAUAAAAUCAAGAUGUUUCAUGCAACCUGCCAGUGAUGUGUAGAGCGUAACCUCAGUUUGGAUAAAUGUGUUUCUUCGUCUUAAUUAGCGGUGAAAUCGUACCACGUAAAUAUUUAUGCUAGAAUAUUUAAUUUCUUUCAGGGUAGGGUGGUUGGGGGCAGUUAUUUCUUAAUUGAUUGUUGAAUUAAAUAGGUUUAAAAACACAUCAAUGAAGUAGAAACUGUUGGAAAUCGUUCUCGCCUAAUCUCCUGCACAUCGCCAAGAUCCAUUCCGUCAUCGUCAGGUGUGGUGGUGCCCUCACCUGUAGCUCACCGACAACCCCAGCGGCCUGGGAGGCGGGGCAUUUAUGGAGAGAUCAUGCGCACCACACUUCUAUCUGCAGGGCAGAGAUGAUUGUACCGCCUGCGGACCGAUCUGUGCCGAGUUGGAGCAUCAUCCCGUGAUUGUGUGUUUGGGGUUUUUCUCCAGACCCCUCCGGUUUCCUCUUUUUAUCAAAAAAAAAAUGCUAAAGGAAUUGAGAGGCCACAACUCUCAAGCAGCACCCUCACGAAAAACCAUUGUUGAGACUCGGUGAAGCUAUCUUCGAUACAUUUAAAUAGAAUAAUAUUCACGUGUAAUACACCACCAGUACCUAUCUGUUCACAUGGGUGGAUACACAGUUUCUGUUUUUUAGAUUGUUUGUACUUAAGAUGGAAAUGUAAUCGAAUAACUGAUGUCUCUUACCAACCAUGUAGAGUCAAUGUACAGCCUUGCCACGCUGUCACACCAUCGUGUUACUGUAGUUCCGACGGUUACAUGAGUUUAAUGCGACAUUCCGAAAGCAUGUCCUGUGUUUGACAAUCGCUUAAAACUUGAUAAGGAGGUCUCUUGGACAUGUCGGUCUUCUCCACUUGGGAUGCACUUCUUACAAAAAACACUUUCCCGACGAACAUUCGAUACCGCAACUAACAAUCAUGCUUAGGCCUCGUCUCCCCAAGAAAAUACGCAAAUGCAUCCCAUGGGAAAAAAAUGCCUCUACUUUUGCCGUGACACAGUCGCCCACCCGGAGCCGAUGUUUCGGAUGGUACGAUGUACCCGGUGGUACCGGGUUCCCGUUUAACCUCCCCCUUCCGCGCACCCCCCCCCCCCUCCGCGUGUGAGUACAGCAUUAACUUACAUAGCUGAAUUCAGAACGGCAGGGCCACCCUGCUCAUUAUUACCCUGGGCUUGCAUUUUUUCUUCUUAAAUUUUUUCAAUGGCAGCAUAUUAAAUAAGGUGCGCCUUGUCUUCACUUUCACUCUUUUGCUUAGUCGUGUGGUUUUGUGCCUUUCCACCCCCCCCCCCUCCCCCCGGCUUUUUAAGUGUACCGUGUAAGAGCGUGCCUUGCAAAAAAAAUGUUAAGUAUAAAAAAAAUCUAAAAAUAUAGUGCUACGUAAAAAAAAUGGUUGACGUUUUUCUAACUCGUAACCUCAAGACUGGAGUACAAAGGGAUUCUUGUUGGCCAUGUCUGCCACCGCUGCUGGAGUUGGUUAUCUAUGCAUAAGCCAGCACUGAGCUGCCUGCUGGGGGUUUAACGUGUGGCCUCAACUUUGCACGCUCAGGCAUAUCAGAACUCGCGAUUAUUCGUUGUUGGAAGGUGAAUCUGUAACAACUAAUCGAGUGACGACCUCUGCAACGUUUGGUAUCAUUCAAGAAACAUUUCUCAACGAGAUUCUCGUUAAAACGACGAAAAUUCGAAAUUCCCUGCACUGAUAAUGGCUUCAUUACCUGUAUCAAGCAAGGUGGUACAUGCACACAUGCAACACAUGUGCACACACACGCACACAGACAUGUGCGUGCAUGUGGGGGUUAAGUGAGCAUUGUGCUGUUGGCAUUGAAAUCCCCCCCCCCUCUCUCUCUGCGUCCCAUCAUUUAGCAAGUGCUGCUAAGGGACGAGUUGGGGAGCUUAUAAAAUAUUGACUGUGGCUCUCUACCUGCGAGCAGCUUUGCAGGCUCGCUGCGCUGACAAACUCACGGUCUCACACGUUUUGUUUCCUGGUGUUCCAACACCGAAGCCCUUCGCAGCGCCGAGCCAAACUCUCCUCAUGCAACCGUGCUCUAGAAUCAGUUCGACAGAGCCUCCGAGGCAGUUUGUGAUUUCAUCUUUAGUGGACCCUCCACGACAGGGCCCUCGUGUCACCCGGUUGCAGUGCGUCGCUUCCCCUGGCGCUACGGAACCGUUUUAAUUAGCGGAAGACGCUGCGGAGAAACGGCGGGCCAAUUUGCGCAAGUGUGGCAUGACACCUCCUUGACGAUUGUCGCUGAGAGUAAAAUUAGCGAUGCCCGUAUUCCGCUUCUUGGCGGUCGGUUUGAGCAGAGGGGAGCGGAGGGAUUCAUGGAGUCAAAACUGGCAAAAAGGGUCACGUGCAUCUGUGCAUUGUUUUCAUGAGCAGCGUGAUUUGUGCACCAGUGGUGCCUAUUAAAACAGAUGACAGAGCCAGGGCAAAUUCAUCUCGCCCACGGCGUUAGGAUCAAAAUGCGUCUUCCAUCGCCGGAAAGACGCGAGCCCUCGUCGCGAAUGCUUUCUGCUCCACACGUGGUCGGCCACACCACGUGAAUCUAAAUCGAGGCAACUGAAUGUACACACUUGUACAAUUAUACAUCUAAAUUCUGAACUCAAUUGGCCACGCCCGUGCGCAGGUGACAACAUAAAUGCAGACUGCACGGGAUGCCCACCUUGCCGUGCAUCCAAUUGCCUAUUCCCAUGGAUCAUUCAGAUCUAGCACAAAGGCAAACUUGACUGCUGAAACACCCUUUUUCCACUGGAAUAUUUGAGUCAUGCCAGCAAAGCACAGGUGCUUUUCCACUGAAUUUUAGCCGAGCCUAACCAGAGGCAGAAUCUUACCAUGCUACGUUGACUUUGCCAGAUAUAUAAUUUUGGCUCAUAGCCAAGCCGGGGACACGGGUCGGGUUAAUUGGUUCAUUCAUUGCAACGUGUCGUCAGCGGCACGGAUCAGAUUCUGCAGUGGAAAAACAACCUUGUGCCUCUUCGGCCACGCUGGAUUGACUCUGCGUGGUGCAACACCGGCGUGGCUCGGAUGUACAGUGGAAUAGAGGUAAUGGAGGUGGCUGUUGAUGGGAGGAGAACACUGCUGCACGAGUCGGUUGCAAGAGGAGGUCCGCCGAGCGCUGUCGAGGUCCCAACUCCCACGAUGCCUUAACGCUGCCCGGGUCGUCCCCCGCGCAAGUUCGUGCUGUUGUAAACGGUGCGUCACUCGAAUCGUAGCGUGAUGCUCGGGAGUUUGUGCCUUCUCCGAAUCUCCAUGUACCGUUGCGUGUUUUUGUACGGUGGGUGCAUGUCUUUUAGGUGUACAUAUUUUUUUUGUUGCCUCCGCUAAUUCUGAGCGCGUGCUGUGAGUUUCCGUCGUUGGCUGUUGGUGGUCUUUGUUGUAGUGGCGUUGAAUUCCAAAUAAAAAAAAUAUAUAUCUUUGAAGGGUUA